AUGCCUUGGUUCAACGGGAUCAUCGCACUGGAUGAGCAAUAUGGACCUGCUCAGCCACAGCCAGAACGGAUGGCGAUCGGCUGUGGCAUGGCUUCCCACACUACGUGGCAAAUGCUGGUAGUGCCGAAGACCAUCUCUCUGGAACGGCAAGGUGUGCAGGAGGGCACGUUCUCCUCGUCGACUUUACGACCUGACGAGACCUACGACGCCCAACGACUCCAACAGACCACCUCACCUCAACGCCAGCAACCAAAUUCUACAUCUUCUCAGAUCCAGAGACCGCCCUCGGCAGACUCUAGUGGUGUUCAUACCCUGAGACGCACUCCGAAGUUGCACGACAGACCAGAAUAUCGCGAGCAGCUCCAGGCUCCUCGACAGCUGCGAACUGCAGGUCAAGCCGUGACAUUUGACGGUUCUGGAUCCACCUCUCCGCAGGACUUUCAGAGACUUGUCCAAGGCGAUACCUAUUGGCCCGCCAGAAGCACUCAUAUCUCACGACGCACCCACAACGCCAUCCUCUUUGCUCUCGAGGCCAUAAGGACAGGCCGUGGCGUUGAUGCGAAGCCUCUGACAGAGGAUCUCUUGGAAGAGCGAGCUCGAAUGUCCGACCUGGUGGCUGGUUCACAGCCCUCCGGUCGUCCACAAAAUGGCGGCGCCAGUAGAACAGCCCAGAGUGCUGGGCCAGUCCCGACAGAGCCUCCACGCUACCGAACGCCUACCGAUGUCAUGCGAGAUAGACGAGCCCGCGAGCAGAGAAAAGCUGAACAACAGGAGGCUGACAGGCUACGACAAGCUCAAGAAGAACAACUACGGUUACAACAGGAACAAAGUGCUGGCGUUGAGGGUCCCUUGGGGUCGCGGAUGUCGUCAACGCGGCCGGAUGUGCAAGGUUAUACGAUAGGCGGUACUCCUUCAGCACAGCCUGGACCUUCAUCGACAAGGCGGCGUGAUCCUGUCCCAGUCCCACAACAAACCCGCCUGCCUAUCGCAGAACCCUUGUCACAGGCUCAAUUGCAGCCUCAGACAGGAUAUGCUCCUGGUCACGCCCGACUAUCCUCGAAUACACAACGUAACCGGACUGAGGCCUAUGAUACCCUCAAUAUUCCAGCUACGGCACGGCCCACCCAGCAGCAACAAGCGCCGCCACAGCCGCAACCGAAAGCGCCACAGUCAAACCCACAGCCAACAGCGCCUGCAGGCGGUCAACCGAAAGCAGCAUUUCCCCAUGCAUUCGAGAGAUGGGAGACCCUAUCAUCUCACUGGGAAGGUCUGACCUCAUACUGGAUAAGAAGAUUACAGGAAAACACAAAUGAGCUGAAUGGAAAGCCUCUGGAUCAGCAGCUUUCUAGGCAGAUAACUGACUUAUCUGCCGCUGGCGCAAAUCUGUUUCAUGCUGUCGUGGAGUUGCAACGGCUACGUGCGUCUUCUGAACGAAAAUUCCAGAAAUGGUUCUUCGAGACCAGGAAUGAACAGGAGCAGGCGGCCGAACGUCAAGCGGAGCUUGAGCGACAAUUGCGAGCAGAGCGAGAAGCGCGCACGAAGCUCGAAGCUACGGGACCCGCAGUGUCUGCUGAAGCUAUUCGCGCUGAAAAGGCCAAGGCGGAAGAGAUGGUGCGAGAAAUGCGAAGAGAGUUGACGAUCAGCAAGGAAGAAGCCAGACGUGCCUGGGAGGAGCUUGGAAGAAGAGAGCAGGAGGAACGAGAUCGUACUAUCGCUUUGCGAAGCGGUGAGCCGACUCUGAUCGGUGGUGUCCAAGUCGUGCCUAUGCAAGGCAUCGCCAGUCGCCAAGUCAGCUCUGCCCAGCGUCCUCAAACAAGAGAUGGUACAUACCCUGGUGGGCCAACAGCGACCCUCAUGGGCGGUCUGCAGCCACCUCAACAGCCACCGUCGCGAAGUCAAACCACGACAACCUCUCUCGACUCUCCCGGGGAAGAACAUCGACAGUUCACAUUUCAACCUCAAGUAGCUUCACCUGACCCAUUCAACGAAGGUAUGCAACCUGCAGCAGGCGGUGAACAUCAGCUUCGGCAUGAGCCAGACACGAGGUUCUACCCAACAUCAUCACAGCCUCCCACGUCCUCCGCGGCCAUGGCUGCAGCAGCUCAAGUGCCGACCACGAACGGCGGAUCGCACUUUUAUCAACAGCCGUCGGCGCCACAGACCUCCAUUCAUCAGCCGCUUCCGCCAAUCGGCCAGACCGCACAGCCGUCACGAACUGCCGGGCCACCUUCGACGAGAAGCUACAUCCCUUCGGUGACAGGAUCGUCCGUUGGAGAGGAAGAAUACCACAUCAAUCCAGACGGCUCUUACACCCUCGACAGUCGCGGUCGGCGAAUACCAUACAACCAGCCAAUAAUGGACUCGCCUGUCAUUGGCGAAGUCUCUCCGCCUCGACGUACUCGUCCAAGUGAAGUGGAUAUUCAGUCAGACGAUGAUGAGAGCUAUACCUCCGACAUUGCGCGAGAACGUAUGUACGCGCAGCAAUACGGUACUGGAGCUGCUCAAGCGUCUUCCUCGCCAGCUCGGCCACCCAUACCACAGAACCAGCCGCCACGAGAGACGCUGCAGACCACGUCAGGAAACAUUCCACGUACUUCCGCGCCAUCUGCUCUUCCGCCGAUCCCACAAGGUCGAGUCGUUGCGCCGACCUCAUCUGAGCAGCCACAACAACAAUCGCCAGCAGACUACGAAGGUGGUGGCUAUGGCGGCACUUGGGAAGCGCCAUCGAUCAACUAUCACCCGACACGUCUGAGUGACAUCAUUGAAGAGCCUCGCACCAGUCCCAGCAGGACCAGCUACGUUAGCGGCAGCACUGGAGGGCCGCCUCCGCGGUAA